CAAGUGAUGUAAUUUGCUUUUGCCUUUGUUCAAUUGAUAUUAUUUCCCAGAAUCAGGAAGUUUGGUGAUAUGAUGAGAUAUUAGGACCCUGAUAUGUUUCUUUAUUACAUGGAGGAAAAUCAAUAUUCACUGCGAGUUCAGUCUAAGUCUGUGUCUUGAACGCAAAUGCAGGAAAUCCUCCCCACUGGAUUUAUCAAUAGGCUACAUUAUCGCUCAUCUUCUCUCAUCAUCUUCCGCACCUUCUCCCUCCCUCCUUGUCUGUCCAUCUCCUCCCUCUGCCCCCUUUUUUGCGCACAAAACAAGUCAGAGCGCACACACGGCUGUGGAAGAAAAAGAGAGACAAUAGAGUGACUUUGGCUCAUCAUGGUCUUUGGAUUUUUACUCUAGACAGCAUGCGCGCCGCUCUGUGAGGUACAGGUGGACAAUCUGUAAACGCGUCUGUUCAUUCCUGCGAGCCCAAAGUUUCUGCACGUUUUCAUGUUGCCAACUGAGAUUUCUGGAGGAGUGUGUUUCACCUCAAGCGAUCACACGGAGGGAAGGAGAGAAGGGAUGAAAACAGAGGAGAGACAGCAGUCCUGUCUGCAGCAGCCUCCAUCCUCCACGCCUUUCGGUCCAGAUUACAGAGGAGGGGGAGAGGUGUGCGCGGGCUGCGAGUCUCCCAUCGCGGACCGCUUCCUGCUGCGCGUGAACGAGCGCUCCUGGCACGAGACCUGCGUCAAGUGCGCCGUGUGUCUGAGCGCACUCACCGGGACCUGCUACUGCAGAGACCGCCUGCUGUACUGCAAACUGGACUAUGAAAAGCUCUUUGUAAGGAAAUGCAGCGCCUGCCUGCAGGUGAUCGGACGCUCCGAACUUAUAAUGCGUGUUCUAGGCCAGGUGUACCACUUGGGGUGCUUCAGCUGCUGCGAGUGUGAGCGCCGGCUGCAGAGAGGUGAUGAGUUUGUGCUGAAAGAAGGCCAGCUGCUCUGCCGCAUGGAUUAUGAAAAGGAGAGGGAAAUGCUGGCUGCUAUUAGCCCAACUCCAACUGAAUCAGUGAAAAGUGAGGAUGAGGAUGGCGGAGGAGGCUCUGGCAGUGGAAAAGGCGGGGAUGAGAGCAAGGAGCACAAACGCUCAAAACGGCCACGCACCAUCUUGACCACUCAGCAGCGGCGAGCUUUCAAGGCCUCCUUUGAAGUGUCAGCCAAGCCUUGUCGGAAAGUGAGGGAGACACUGGCUGCUGAAACUGGGCUUACAGUCCGUGUUGUGCAGGUGUGGUUCCAAAAUCAAAGGGCCAAGAUGAAAAAGAUAGCUCGCAGGCAGCAGCAACAACAGCAGCAGCAGCAGGAGCAAGAGCAGCUGGGGGGGACCAGAAGAGGACCCAGCAGGGGGGGCCGCCAAAGUAAUGACGACAGCGAGGAUGGAUCUAGUACUCAUGGCAUGGAUGGGAUACUAGGAUAUCCCUCUCUGCCAAGACAGCAACUACUUUCCCUGGAUCCCAACAUCUAUGCUGGGGAACCAUUUCGACAUGGGCUCACACCACCUCAGCUGAGUAGUGAGCAGCUCCACUCCUACGAAUCCGAGACAGUCUUCCACGAUUUGGAUAGCGAUGGAAGCCUUGGUCACCUUGGUGACUGUCUCUUAGCAACAGGGGAGGGCGGCCUCCUCCCAGGGAGAGUGGGAAACCCCAUUGACCGUCUCUACUCCAUGCAGAACUCCUACUUUGCCUCUUGACCCAUAUAAACUGUAACCCUUUCCCCUUUUGGUCCACCGUUUAACUCAGAGAUGCAGCUAGUCGAAUCUGUCAGUCAGUCUGCCUGUGGGACCUUUCUCUGAUAGACGGGUAACAUUCAAACACAACUCUGAUCGUUAUUAGUAGUUUUCAUCGUUAUAAAUUGGACUUUCAUACUGUAAAAUAUCCCCUCCCUUUCCCUCCUUGGAGAAAAAAAAAUCUCAUGCUGGAAAUUCAGACACUGUAAAUGUUAAAGACGACUGACCUCCAUUUCUCCAGCUGUAUUUGUGUUAUAAUCUGUGAAACAUCUUUCAAGGCACUUUCCAUCAGAAAAAAAGCCUUAUCUGUGUACAUCGGAAUUACAGAUAAGUGAAGCUGUGAGUUACUUCACCAACCAUAUAGCACUGAUUUAAAAAUCCUAGUGCAUCACAUGUGCAGCUAAGGUUCUGAACUCUCUUGGUAAAUUUCAUAACUUUCUGCGCUUUGUCUGAAUUAUUUUAAUAAUGUGUGAAUGAUUGCACCAUAUACAAAUUGUAUAUGGCUUAGAUUACAACUUUGCUCUCAGGUUAGUGUGUAUGUUUAUGUAACCUGAGCUUCAACUCAGGAUUUUGUGCUGGAUAGAAAGGCAGUUUAAUUUCCACUAGAUUUCAAGAAAAAGACUGCAAAGCAUAAAAAACUAUUACUUCAAACUACAUCCUUAGAUUAUAAUGAUGCAUGACAGCUAUAUUGUGGACCAAAAAAAAAAACUUUAGCUUUUAGAAAGGUAAAUGAUGCAACAGGGUAAUUUAAAGAGCCUUAUGUAGUAACAGGGUGAUAUAAGUUUUUAGCUUUCCCUUUUCUUUUUAUCCACUAAAAUUACAACCAAAAUAUCUAUUGUUCUCUAAAUUUAGGCUACUGGGUACAUGGUGACUUAUUCAAAAUGUAAAUGUGAUAAGUGUGUUACAAUUUAUUGUUGUAAUCACUUUCUGCAAUUUCUUUAAAAAAAUCAUUAGAUGCUGUAGAGUAGAUAUUUUGUACCAUCUGUGAUAAUCAGCAAAUAUUUAAACUGUCGCAUGAUGUUUACGUGCAACACAGUAGAUCUGAAGCAUCCAAAGUUGGAAAGCAAUGGUUCCAGAAAGCAUCAUUCUAGUCUUAUGUGGUGCAGGAAAAAAAUAGGAUUAUGGUGAUACUUGUUUAAAUUAAAUGCCAGUGAUUGGCUACAGCCUGUAAUAUUUUAUGGCAUAAUAUUUGACUGAUUCUAUGUUUUUACAGUGAUAUUAUUGUAAAUGUAACUUAUUUGUGUGGUAUUAGAUGAGUUCUUUAUCUUACUUUAUGUUCAGUGACAACAAGGUGAUGUGCUUUAAAUGUAAUGUUGCUGUAUCUUCAAUACAAUCUACAGUUUUAUCGUUUA